GAUUUCAGUAUAAAAUUCAAGGGCCACUGAAUUAGAGGAUAUAAAGCCGAACAAAACUUGCUGACUUCGGCAGUACUGUUACUACCAGACGUCACCUCAACCUUGUUGUUGAAUAGUGAAAUGUAAAAAAGUGAAACAUAGAGUGUGUUUAUGAUGAGAUAGAAAUAUCUGCUAAUGAGAGUAAUGCCGCUGUAAUAAGAUUUUGCAAUACUGGGUCUGAGUUUUCCACUGAGCUUCCAACGCCUGCCAAGGACUACACACCAUGGCCAACCUGGCUAAUACUAUGAACAAAGUGAAGAUUCUGGUGGUGGGAGAUUCAGGCGUCGGGAAAACCUCUCUGGUCCAUCUGAUCUGCCACGGUGAGGUUCUCGGCAACUCCUCCUGGACCAUCGGCUGCAGUGUUGAGGUUCGGAUUCAUGAGUUUCGCGAGGGAACCCCAAGUCAACGGCCGUAUUUUGUGGAGUUCUGGGAUGUGGGUGGAAGCGGCUCCCAUCGCAAUGCACGCCACGUUUUCUACACACCUGUCCAUGGCAUCAUUCUGACCCACGACCUGACCAACCGAAAGUCUCAGGUCAACCUACACCGGUGGCUGGCUGAGGUGCUGCUGAGGGAGGCGGGUGGAGGGUCAGGGGGUGGAGCAGGUGGAGGGAGGAACCGGUCAUCCCUGCUUGUGGAAGACUUUGAUGCGGAGAACUUUGGAGGGUUUGCUCAGGUAUAUGGUCUGAAAAAGGUCCCAGUGUUUGUGGUGGGCACCAAGCUGGACCUCAUGGGCACCUACCGUUCCUACAACAGAAGCAGGGGCUCUACCAUUGCUGAGGAGUGUUCGGCAGAUGAGAUAAACGUGAACACACAGGACCCCAGAUCUUUGGCUCCAGGAUCAAGCAAUGCUGUCAAACUGUCAAGAUUUCUGGACAAAGUAAUAGAGAAGCAAGCUGUUUUAAGAGGGGAAGUGGACAGGGAGGGUGGUGGGUUCUCUUCAUACUCCUCUUCUUAUUCAUUUCCUCCUCCUCCCUCCUCUUCCUCCUCUUCCUCUUUGGCGACUUCCAGAAGGGCUAAAACCUCAUUUUCUUCUAUCUCUAGUCCUCCUGUAAUGCCUUCCUCUCCUACCUCUCCUUCCUCCUCAUAUUUAAUUGGUUAAAGGUUAGAUUGUAAGUUUCUCUCUCUCUCUCUCUCUCUCUCUCUCUCUCUCUCUCUCUCUCUCUCUCUCUCUCUCUCUCUCUCUCUCUCUCUCUCUCUCUCUCUCUCUCUCUCUCUCUCUCUCUCUCUUGAUUGUUUUGUAACUUUAAGAUGACAUGACAUGGAAUAAAAAUGGAAUUUGU